AUGCCGAAAGGGAAGCAAUUAACAGACGUGGAAAAAGGUCAAAUUCUCGUUCUCCACAACGGAUGUUUGUCUGUCCGAGAGAUCGCAGAGUCCAUCAACAGGUCGAAGACCGUCGUGCACAACUUUAUGAAGAAUCCGCAGGCAUAUGGAUCUAAAAAGAGGAGUGGAAUGCCUCCUAAGCUAACGCCCGGUUUAAAGCGCAGGGUAAUAAGGGAGGCUUCUAAAAGAGAAAAGUCUGCCAAUCAGAUCCGCAAGGCACUCGAUUUACCGGUCCACCGGUCGCACGUACAAGCUCUUUCGAGGAAAGAUACUAAUCUAAAUAUAAAGUACACCAAGUUUAUAAGUGCUCUAGUCCUCACUCCGAUGCAUAUGCAACAAAGGCUAGAUUGGGCUAAAAAUCAUGUUACUUGGGAUGAUGAGAAAUGGAACAAAAUUAUUUUUUCUGACGAGAAGAAGUUCAAUUUGGAUGGCCCCGAUGGUUGUCAUUACUAUUGGCAUGAAUUAAGAAAGGAGAAAAAAGUUUUAAGCAGACGUCACCAAGGAUGUGAUUCUUUAAUGAUUUGGUCUUGCUUCUCUUACUACGGACGGAAAAAUUUAGUAAUAAUGUAUGGGAAACAGGAUUCUGCAAAGUACUGUGAAAUACUUAAGGACGAUUUGCUACCGUUUGCGGGAGAGACGCAUGGUGAGAAUUGGACAUAUCAGCAAGAUAACGCCUCUAUAAAUCGUUCUUUUUAUACCAAGAAAUGGUUUACGGACAAUGGCGUUGCUGUUUUACCGUGGCCUUCGCGUUCACCAGACCUCAAUCCCAUCGAAAAUCUAUGGCGGAUCUUAGCGAGGAGUGUGUAUGGAAAUGAGAGGCAGUAUCAGGAUUCUGUAGAGCUGUUUGAGGCUAGUGUCGAUUGCUGGCAGAAUUUCGACCACAGUAUUCUUGAGAAUCUCGUUGGAUUGAUGCAGAUGCAGAGGCGUUGCAUUGCUGUUUUGCAGAAGAAUGGCGACCGCACGUCUUAUUGA